CUUCGAUAUUACGCAAACUAAAAAAUAAAUAAAUGAAGCGGUCUGUUUGUUAUCUAGCUUAUCUUUUUAUGAUCUUUACUACCAUCGUUCAUACUUUUGAACUAAAGAACACUAUUCUUCCUCCUCAAAGGCUUGUAAAACGUGCUUGCGAUUUUUCUUGUCAAUACCAAGCUCAAUGUGAUAACAAAUGCUAUUCGAAAAAUUAUGGUUCAUUUUUAUUAGGUGUUUGUCAUGAUGGGAAAUGCUAUUGUGGAUUUGUUCCUGAAAAUAUUUAAAUAUUAUAAUCGUAAUUUUAACUCAGUAGUAUAUAUUUGUUAUUCUUUCUUAAUAAUAAAGUGUGGCUUAUAUGUAAUUAA